CCUAAGUACUUCCCUAACCCUACCCUUCGACUUCAGUUUUAUACUUUCGUUCCUCCUCCGUUCCGCCUUUCCUCAGCCAGAUAGACGACCAGCAAACUGAGAAGAGUGGCUUCAUCGACAGACGAAAGAGAGCGAGACGCCACCACUCAGAUAGAGGAGCCACACCCGUCGGGUUGUCGAAGCCCACCGGCCACCGCCGUUUCGUCGGGCAUCGCGGUUUCUGGCGGCUCGACGAGAACAGGCCAGCGGCGAAUCUUUCCUCGCUCGCUCAUCUUCAAACUGCUAAACUCUACGAUUAAAAAAAAAAAAAAAAGAGUCGAAAACCUUUCCGCCCCAAAAUAAAAACCGGGAACUGGGCUUUCGGGGUUUAGGGUUUAUCGAGUGCUGAAGCCUGAAAUCCACUUGAUAACCACCAACUACAGUUUCGCAAACCACCGCGGGAUCGACUUCGUACUGAAACGGAAACCGACUGAGUUGAAGAACCAUCGUGAGAGUUAGAUGGACCUCGACGACUUCGACGACGUGGACGCGCCGAAGCAGGCUCCCGCGCGAGCUGCCAAGUUCGUGCCGAAAUCCUCCAGGUUCAAACCGCAACCCAAGGGGAAAACGGCGGCGCAGUCUUCAUCGAAGCCGGAGGACUCUGUCGCCAAAACUGAGCCCCAAGAACCGCUACCAUCGGCGCUACCAUCGGCUCCGGCAAGUAAAGAAGAGGAUGAAGACAUUAAACCUAAAUUGGAUGCGGCGGCCAAGGCGGAAGCGGAGGCAUGGCUGGAGAUGGAAGUUGAUGCUGCAAAGCGAGAGGCGGAAGACGGGAAUGAUCACAUGGAUGUUGAUGGAGGGGAGGAAGGAAAAGAAGAUGAUGAUGUGAUUGUUCGUGAGAUCGACGUAUUUGUGACUCCCUCAGUUGACACUGACACACAGUUGUAUGUUCUACAAUAUCCUUUGAGGCCACGGUGGAGGCCGUAUGAAUUGGAUGAUCGUUGUAGAGAGGUUAGAGUGAAACCUUCCACAUCAGAAGUCGAGGUUGAUUUAUCCAUUGAUGAUUCUAUGAAUUGGGAUGCCGAUUAUGCAAGAGCAUUAGAGAUGACUAAGCGGACUUUGUCAUCUGUGUGGGCACCUCCUACUGCACGUGCUGGCUAUGCUGUUGGGGUUCUUAUUGGUAACAAGCUACAUCUGAAUCCUGUUAAGGCAGUGGUGCAGCUUCGGCCUUCUCUGCAGCACGUUGAGUCCAAAGACGCUGGUAUUGCUAUUAAAAAAGAAGAAUCCAGUCAGGCAAAACGUGCUGGUCCAUCAAAAAAGCAGAACACACAGACAGCGACUGUAAAUGGGCAAGUUUCAGAUGCUGGAGAGACCUGGGUUCCACUUAAGUAUCAUGACUCCAAGAGUGACAUGUCUUCCACAUAUAUGGAGAAAAUGGUGACACAAGAGCAUUCUCCCAUAGAUUUCACAAUGAGUUCGUAUGACUAUAUGAGUUCAAUGUGUCCUGGAGCAUCCAACAGCGGUGAUAAGCCUAAAGGUCCUUCCAGAAGAUUUUUGCUUUCAUUGCCGCUUGAAGAGCGCAUACAGAAAUUGCUCAUGGAGGGACCCGCACUUCAGAAGUUUGGCGCUAUUAAGCACUUUGCUCCAGAAAGCACGAGUGAAGACCUCUUAACUAUGCUAGAGGAGCAUGGGCAACUAGUGCAGGGACUUUGGACUGCAAAAACAUCUUUGUUGGUCCCUCCAACCGAUAGACCUAAACAUCUGGCUAGGGAUUAUGUUCUUCUUAAAUUUAAUGAAGGUCUAGAGAUCAGCUCUUCCAUAAUAAGAGUCCAUCCAAAGUUUCAAGAAGAUAUGAAACUCUUCCUGAAUACAUUUGGUGUUGAAAGACCCUCUUUGGGGGAUUGGAAGUUCAAGGAGCAAACAGACUGGUCAUUUAUAAAACAGUUCCCUCGUGUUGUUGAAAAGUACAAGAAGUCUUAUGAAAGUGCAUGGAAAAACAUUAGUGAAAUACUUGGUAAAGUUGGCAGGGUGGGUUCUAGCAACAAGAGCACAGCAAGGGGAAAUGUGCCAAGUAAUCCUGCAAAAAAAUUGGGUUCUGAUAAAAGCACAACAACAAGAACAGCUACUUCAAUGCCUACAAAGGGAAGCAUAACUCGAGAAACUCAAGAAGUUCUGAAAAAGGUCUUACCAAAGAUUUUUCAGACUCACAAGGUUUGCAGUUACCAAUUCAUUUGCCAAAAUUUGAGAGACCAGGCUGUCCAGACGGCUACUCUUCCAAAGGCUGACCCGAGAGUAGCCAAGGCCGCAGCAUCUGCUGCUGAUGCUCCCCAAGAAGAGUUUGAAGAAGUGAUAAAUGAAUAUGCCACCAAAAUUCAUGGUUUUUAUGUCUUGAAGUCAUCGCCUGACCACCCAGAAUUUGACCCAUUGAGGAGAGUUGUCAUGGACCUUCUUAUGGCUAGAGGGCCUAAUGCAAAGCUUAAGAAGGCCGAAAUCAUGGAGGCAGCUCAGCUCGCACUCAAAAGAACAGUCCCUAACAAUGAGUACCAGAAGGUAGUUACAGAACUUUGUGAAUCAAAAGGUUCUGCUUGGAUGUUGAAAAGUGGAGACGGGAAGCCAUCAUGACGAUCGUAGAAUCUGGACUCCGUGAAUUUUUCUAGUGCACCUAGGAGAGAACCCACUGAAUCUAAUUUACAAUGUUGGACCUUGAUGCUCUUUUCUCGGUACGUACAUAGAUAUAUUUGCUUCCAAAAGAAGUUAGAAACUUUGGGUACUUGGUUAUGCACAAUCUGAAUCGAUAUGUCAAUAUUAUGGUAACAAUUGAAGAUCACUGUAAGAGAUGUUCUUGCUGGUUGUGUUUUUCUAGAGAUCGAUCUCGAUGAAUAUACAGAGCUCCGUAAGGCACAACUGACCGGAUGAUGACUGGAUGAAGAAUGAAAGUAGUAAUAAGCUCGUUGGUAUUACAGUAUAAAGAUAUGCAUUAGGU